AUGAGAUCAGUCAGGAAGGAGGGAAGAUCACAAGCCGCCAAGGCAUCCUUGAUCCUACUAGAGAGACCCUUUUUAAAAGUAGUUCACAGAGCCUCAUUGUUCCAGGCCAGUACAGAGGCCAUGAAUUCCUAUUUUCCAGUGAAAGGUUUAUUCUGUGUGUUACUCCUGUGUGUGACCCCUGGUACAUUGAGCGGUCAGACUGCAGCACCGGCCUGUAGGCUCCAGAUUCAACAAUUUUUUGAGGACUAUGAAUAUGUGCAGGAUGGAGACAUUAUGGUCGGAGGAGUUGUCAGUGUGAAUAGUUAUAUGAUGUCUAAUAAAAUACAGAAUCGUGAAGUCCGGAUGAUGUGCCUCUUUAGAGGUGAAUUACAGACAAACAUCGCACAUCACACGGGGAAGGGUCUGCGAUUUGUUCAGUUCUCUAGAAAUAAGAACUUUCAGAGCCCUGGAUACAAUUGUAGCAAACCUGCAGAUGUGAGAAGGAUGAGGUCUGUAGAUCUUCCUUUCCUUUAUUACUACAAGAAUCUAUUGGCUUUCUUCUAUUCUGUUGAUGAAAUCAAUAAAGAUCCUUCUAUUCUACCAAACAGGACUCUGGGAUAUCACAUAUAUGACUCCUGUACAGAUCCCAGGAAGGCGAUAAAGAGCAUUUUACAGAUUUUAUCUGGGCCCGGACCCAUCGUCCCUAACUACUCCUGCACCCGGAAGAAGGUUGUUGGUUUUAUUGGAGAUCAUUUCUCAUCCACCACUUUACCUAUAGCCCAACUCCUGGGGAUAUAUCCAUAUACACAGAUUAGUUAUGGAGCCACAGACACAUUACUCAGCAACAGAUUUCUCUUCCCAUCUUUUUUUCGGACCGUCCGCAAUGACUAUUCUACUUAUUACGUCAUAUCUCAUUUUCUGAGCUACUUUGAAUGGACCUGGGUUGGAAUAAUUUCCUCUGAUGAUGAGGUGGGAGAUGGAGAAACACGUCUGCUGACAAACCUUCUCACCAGUCAUGGCAUCUGUGUAGCUUUUGUGUUAAAAUGUGGAUCUUGUUUUUAUUCGACGAAAGAUUAUUUAGAUCAUGUGCAUAGAGGCAGCGAGAUGAUAAAGAAGUCAUCUGCCCAGAUCAUUAUUAUAUGUGGAACUUAUUCUACUGCGAUAAAGACUUUUUUAUAUGACAUAAGACGUGUGAUAUAUGACAAAAUCCUUAUCGUUAAUCCCUCCUUUACUUCUCAGAUUGUAAAUAUACAAGAUUACUAUCAGAUAUUCAAUCUUAGUUUUUCAUUUGACCUAAUCCCAGGAAUAAUGCCGGACAUGGAAAGUUACUUCAGCAGUUUCCAUCCCUUGAGGAAUCCUAAAGACAUGAUCCUUGAAGAUUUCUAUAUUGCAAAAUUUCAUUGUUUAUCAGGAAAAAUUAGAAAGGAUCAAUGGUUUUCAAAAUUUUUUAAACUAACUCUUCAUAAAUGUGAUGGAACAGAACGACUGGAUGAUUUUUAUCUAUUUCUAUCCCAUGGAAACACUUUCCAGAUGUAUCUCGCUGUCCGGUCCUUGGCUGAUGCAAUACACAAUAUGUACAUCUCUUAUGGUGAUCAAUCUACCGACCAUCAUAUACAUCAACAUAAACACAAGGUCCACCAAUAUUUAAGAGCCCAGAUGUGUUCCACUAAUUUUGGGUCUGAGCGGAAAUGUUUUAACGAUAAAGGAGAUAGAGAAUCCGGCUAUGUAAUUUAUAAUGAUAUUUUACUAAAGGGAAGUAAGAUGGCUGUGCACAAGGUGGGAUCAUACGACAUAAGUCCUACGGAUCAUCUGGAGUUCUCAAUUGAAAUAAACAAAAUUAGAUGGAAAAACAACAUAAACGAAAUCCCAAAAUCCCAUUGCUCCCCGAGCUGUUCACCAGGACACAGGAAAGUGGCCACUUCUAGUAUACACUUGUGCUGCUAUGACUGCGCCCCAUGUUCAGAAGGAGAAAUAUCUAAUAUAUCAGAUAGUGAGAACUGCAUGAAAUGUCCAGAAGACUCAUGGUCAAAUGAGAACAGAACAUUCUGUGUCUUUAAGGAGAUCGAAUAUUUAUCUUAUACUGAGGACAUCAUCUCUAUCGCUUUCUCCUGUUUAUCCUCUUUCUUCUGUAUUCUGACUGUUUCCGUUCUUAUUAUUUUAAUUUCCAACCGUGACACCGCGAUUGUGAGAGCGAAUAACAAGAACCUGAGCUUUGUCCUCCUGGUCUCCAUCAUGCUCAGCUUCCUCUGUGUCUUCUUGUUCCUCGGUCGUCCUGUGGAUAGAACCUGUAUGAUACGUCAGAUCUUUACUGGAAUACUACUCUCAAUAUCCAUCUCUUCAUUGUUGGCCAAGACCAUAACGGUUUACAUUGCGUUCAAAGCCACCAAGCCUGGAAGUGUGUGGGGAACAUGGACUGGAGUAAAGCUCCCUAACUGUGUGCUCCUGAUCUGCUCCUCUGUCCAGGGGGUCAUCUGUAUGAGUUGGGUGACCCUCUCUCCCCCCUUCCAGGAGCUGGACACACACUCUUAUAAGGAGAAGAUGGUCAUUCAGUGUAAUGAAGGGUCAGAUCUUUGGUUCUACUCUGUCCUGGGUUAUAUGGGGAUUCUGGCCGCUGUUAGUUUUAUUACAGCUUUCUUAGCCAGGACAUUACCGGACAGUUUCAAUGAGGCUAAGUACAUCACCUUCAGCAUGCUGGUGUUCUGCAGUGUCUGGAUAGCCAUGAUCCCGGCUUAUCUCAGCACCAAAGGCAAAUACAUGGUGGUCAUGGAGAUAUUUGCCAUCCUGACCUCUAACGCUGGACUGUUGGGUUGUAUAUUUUUCCCUAAAUGUUUUAUCAUUCUGUUCAAGCCUGAACUAAAUACAAGAAAAUACAUAAUGGAAACUAAAAAUACUAAGUUACAGCAUUGA